UCAAGUGGGGCUUUCAAUUCAUCAAAAUUGUUUGUUUGCAAUGUCAUUUGUCAUGGGCAAUGUGCGGAUAUUUUGAAGUCACUCAUCUCUUUCUGAUGUUCCUAAAUUGUACAGCUAUAAUGGGGACUAACGAUAUCUAUUACUCUAUUUUGACUGAGAUUCACGAUUUCAUUACGGUUUGUGAACUAUUUAUUCUUUUAUGCUCUUCGUGUUUCCUAAGAUCAAAGGGAGGAAAAUUUGUGCUGAGAAUCGAGGAUACAGACUUAGAGAGGUCGACGCGAGAAUCAGAGGAGGCUAUGCUUCGAGAUUCAGCUUGGGUCGGUCUUGAUUGGGAUGAAGGCCUUGGUGUGGGUGGAGACUAUGUUCCUUAUCGACAAUCCGAAAGGAAUUCUACGUACAAGCAAUAAGCUGAGAAGCUUUUAGAAUCCGGUCAUGUUUAUCGUUGUUUUUGUUCCAAUGAGGUAAUUGCUAUCAACUAAACAUUAUGAAUGGGAAGAGAUUUGAAAUGAAUUACUUUUCGGUUUCAGCUUAUUGCCUCUGGAAAUUGGAUUGGAAACUAUUUUUGUGGAGACAAAUAUGCCAAUUUUUGUGUCUCAAAAAACAUAAACUAUGACCCAAUUGAACUAUGAAUAGCAUGCUUCUGUAUCUCUGAACUAUGAUCCCUUUUUAGCACUUAAUUUAUAAGAAACUUCCUCCUGUAUACUCUGAGAAGUGGGCCACUGCAACAGAUGAAGAAGCACAAGAAGAGCUAGC